AAGUCAAGAGUUGUUCAUUUAUGGGCUGCGACUCUACUAUUUUGAAUAGGAGUCUAUCAUUUUUCAGAUACCCAACCAAACAUCCUAAAAGAUGCGAACAAUGGGUUAAAACAUCAAACAAUAUGACAAUUAUAAACACUUAUUAUGCAAACGACAAAAAAAUUCCGGACAAUGUAUGGGUUUGUGAAUUACAUUUCAAUGAACACGACAUCACUGCUUAUGCAUCGAGAAAGAUGUUAUCGCCGACAGCUGUCCCACUGGUCGGUGCCAUACGGACACUGUCCAUACCUAAAGUGUCCGCACCCGCAAAGACAUCCAACAGUAUUAGAAACCCGUUUUUACCGAAAACUGUUCAACGAUUUAAAAAACCGUUUAUUAAACCAACAACUUUGCCAAAGUCCACAAGUUUUACAACAUUUUCGGUAAAAUCGCCAGAAAAUACUUUAGAAAUCAUUGAAAUCGAUGAAAAUUCAUAUCAAAUUAAAAGAAAGCCAAAAUUCAAUAGUGAAACUAAUGGCAAAUGGGAAAUCAUUGAAUUGGACACUAUUACCACCAGUACUACUACUACUACUAGUAGUAAUAGUAACGGUAAUAGUAGUCAAAGAUACCAAACCAUUACACCUGAAAUUUCUAAUGAGUCGACGACAACUCCUAAUGAUAAUGGCUUUCUUAUGGGUCACCAAUUGUUUAGUUUGAAGAAAUUUGCCAACAAUUAGAUUGUAUAUAUGAUUUUUUUUGUAAACUAAAUAUUU